AUGGAGCAUGGUGAGCAGCUUUUCAGUUGUGAGACCUGUGGCAAGAGUGUCACACGGGGCUCUGAUCUCAGCAUCCACCGCCGCACCCACACUGGUGAGCAGCCCUUCAGUUGUGAGACCUGUGGCAAGAGGUUCAGCCAGGGCUCUCAUCUCAGGCGACACCACCUCACCCACACAGGUGAGAAGCCCUUCAGUUGUGACAGCUGUGGGAAGAGGUUCAGCCGGAGCUCUCAUCUCGGGCAACACCACCUCACCCACACCACUGAGAAGUCCUCUACCUACAAGGACUGCGGCAAGACAUUCACUCACAGCGCCACCCUUCGCCAGCACCGCAGUGUGCAUGGCACUGAGGAGUCCUUCAGCUGCUUGGAUUGCGGCAAGAAAGUCAAACACAGCUCCAGCCUCAGCAUCCACCGCCGCAUCCACACCGGAGAGCAUCUUUUCCCCUGCGCUGUGUGCGGCAAGAGCUUCACCACGAGCACCUCAUACAUCCGGCAUCAACUCAUCCGCAGCGGUGAGAAACCCUACAGCUGUGCUGACUGCGACAAGAGCGUCACCUGCAGGUCUAAGCUAAUCCAGCACCGUCGUGUGCAUACCAGAGACAAACCUUUCACAUGUCCUGACUGCGGCAAGAGUUUCACUCAGAAAGGCCACCUCAACGUGCACUGUGCCACCCACACCAGAGCUCAGCCCACACUGGAGGGGAGGCAUAGAGUCACCCAGAAUCUGUUGGGAUAA